CUGUCAAUCAACGCUGACUCCGCCCUCUACAUCCUGCUCAGAGAACCUGUCGGGGUGAGGAGAGCCAAUCAGAUUAUUCCAUCAAGUAAUUAAUUAACUAACCCUCACUCUCAGAUGAACUGUAUCUGUUUAGUAUAGCUUUCCAAUGGAGUAGUAUACAUGAUACUCAGGAACUUACUGUACAGUUCACAAAGCACCCUCAUAAAACCCAACUUCAGCCUUGACUUACUGUUACUUACUUACAGUGCCUUCGGAAAGUAUUGAGACCGCUUGACCUUUUCCACAUUUUGUUACUUUACAGCCUUAUUCUAAAAUGGAUUAAAAUAAUGUUUUUCCUCAUAAAUCUACACGUGACCUUUUUAGAAGUUUUUGCAAAUGUAUUAAAAAUUAAAAAUAGAUAUACCUUAUUUACAUAAGUAUUCAGACUUGAUUUGGAGUACACCUGUGGUAAAUUCAAUUGAUUGGACAUGAUUUGGAAAGGCACACACCUGUCUAUAUUAGGUCCCACAGAUGACAGUGCAUGUCAGAGAAAAAACCAAGCCAUGAGGUCGAUGGAAUUGUCCAUAGAGCUCCGAGACAGGAUUGUGCCGAGAUACAGAUCUGGGGAAGGGUACCAAAAGAAUUCUGAAGCAUUGAAGGUCCGCAAGAACACACUGGCCUCAAUCAUUCUUAAGUAGAAGUUUGGAACCACCAAGACUCUUCCUAGAGCUGGCCGCCCGGCCAAACUGAGCAAUCGGGGGAGAAGGGCCUUGGUCAGGGAGGUGACCAAGAACCCGAUGGUCACUCUGACAGAGCUCCAGAGUUCCUCUGUGGAGAUGGGAGAACCUUCCAGAAGGACAACUAUCUCUGCAGCACUCCACAAAUCAGGCCUUUAUGGUGAAUAAAUGCUGAAUGCCAAGCGUCACGUCUGGAAGAAACCUAGCACCAUCCCUAUGGUGAAGCAUGGUGGUGGCAGCAUCAUGCUGUGGGGAUGUUUUUCAGCGGCAGGGACUGGGAGACUAGUCAGGAUCACGGGAAAGAUGAACGGAGCAAAGUACAGAGAGAUCCUUGAUGAAAACCUGCUCCAGAGCGCUCAGAACCUCAGACUGGGGUGAAGGUUCAUCUUCCAAAAGGACAACUAAGCACACAGCCAAGACAACGCAGGAGUGGCUUCGGGACAAGUCUCAAUGUCCUUGAGUGGCCCAGCCAGAGCCCAGACUUGAACCCGAUCGAACAUACCUGAAAAUAGCUGUGCAGCAAACUCUCCCCAUCUAACCUAACAGAGCUUGAGAGGAUCUGCAGAGAAGAAUGGGAGAAACUCCCCAAAUACAGGUGUGCCAAGCUUGUAGCGUCAUACCCAAGAAGACUCAAGGCUUUAAACGCAGCCAAAGGUGCUUCAACAAAGUACUGAGUAAAGGGUCUGAAUACUUAUGUAAAUGUGAUAUUUCCGGUUUUUUCUUUGUCAUUAUGGUGUAUUGUAUGUAGAUUGAUGAGGAGAAAAAAACGAUUUAAUCAAUUUUAGAAUAAGGCUGUAACAUAACAAAAUGUGGAAAAAGUAAAGGGGUCUGAAUACUUUCCGAAUGCACUGUACUAUUGACAGCUCUUAUCGAACAUUUACAACAGUACUUGUUUAACGGUACAUCAUUAUUUGUUGAAAAAAGAAGGAAGGGAAGCGUUGCUAAGGUACACAAUAGUAGGUCUUUGGAAACAGAAGGUGCUCUUUGUUACAAAUCGUAAAUUGGUCAUCAAAAGAAAGGAGGACCAAGGCACUCUUCAUAUAAUUAAUUAAAAUGUCUUUAUUUGUAUGGCAUGUUCAAUGGAAACAAAAAUUUAACUCCAUGCAACCGAAAUGCGUUGGGAGUUUUAAAAUCUUUGUUUCCAUUGAACAUGCCAUACAAAUAAAGGCGUUUUGAUUAGGUACAUCAUUAUUGUUCUCGUUGCCAAUGUUUAUGGAUGGCCCCUGUAGACGUUCCUGGUGCGUAAAUGCAGCUCGAGCCAGAGGAAGAUGUUGUGUGUCAGAGUGACAGCUGACAGAGCAGCGUCUUCCAUCAAGGAGUGUCUCAUUUGUGAAGAGGACUCAAGUGAGUACCAGACACAUACUUGUGUACAUCAAAGUAAAUACACACAUACACUCUAAUCCAGUGGUUCUAAACUCCGGUCCUGAAGUACUCUUAACAGCACACAUUUUUUGUUUUAGCCCAGGACAAACACACCUGAUUCAACUCAUCAAGGGCUUGUCCGGGGCUACAGUAAACAUGUGUACUGUUGGGGGUCCUCGAGGACUGGAGUUCAGAAACCCUGCUCUAAACUAACAAUGAAACACUUGAACAAUGAAGAAUGCUGCCAAAUGUUACAAAGCUGUGAUUGGUUUAAAACGUUCUGUCCUAUCACCAGCCUUUGCCCUGGAGAGCUCCGCCCUCAGCUUCCCAGACCUCUGCCGAUUGGUGGCCUUCUACUGCAUCAGCAGGUGAUUAACACUAACUUUAAACCCGUCUACCUGUCAAUAACACUGCCACUGCUUUGGUCUGUUUUAUCGACAGACGAUAAAUACUCUGUAAUGGCACUCCCAUUACAAAACAGGGCACCCGCAUGCUGUUCUAGCCCACUAUGUCUUGGGAACCACCAUAUAAUUUGAUCCUAAGGACCUAUGUGUGUGUUGUCUCCAGGGAUGUGCUGCCUUUCCCUUUGGAGCUCCCAGAAGCCAUUGCUCAGGCCUCUUCCCACAGAAAGCUGGAGGCCAUCUCUCAUAUGGGAUUAGGUAGGGAUUCAUUCAACGGAUCUAUAGCAUAGCAUUACAUUCGCCAUUGGAUUAAACAUAUACCUAUCCAAUUCAUUCAGAUCUACACAAGUGUCUAGGGGCUGUUUUCUGGACUGGGUCUAAAUGUUCAGCACAGUAGGGUAUGGUCUUCAAAGCACUUCAAUAUCAAUCUCUUUAUGGCGUUAAUCAAUUACCUAUCCUCUGAACACUGAACUAUGGAAAUGUUCAGUACCUGAAUCUGGACUUUCUACUCCUUGUUUUCCCCACAUCCCGACAGAGUUCUGGUGUUCGCUGUCUGACACCCAGAAUGGACCAGGGGACCUGCAGGCUCCACCCACCAUCAUUAAGGCCCCGCCCAGCACCACCAAGGCUCCACCCAUCAGUGCCACCCAGGUCAAGGCAGGUCUGUCCCAGGACCUGUGUUACCUGCUGUCCUGCGGCAGACAGGAGUCUCUCUGCUUCAUCAACCCACUCUUCCUACAGCUGGAGGUAAUUCCUAAACAUAACCAUUGGGGGGAUGAAAAUUAUUUCUGACCCUGAAUCAAUUUACUUGCCUUCCUCCAGCUCGAGGUUCAAACUAAUAGAUAACAAAUGGCUGUAAGUGGAAAGUCAGCCAUCCCAUUGUUUAGGAUGGUGUCAUCUUGCAGAGUCGACCUUUAACCACAGAUCUAGGAUCAGUUUACCCCUACCCCCAAUCCUAACCAUAACCAUUAGGAGAGUGAACAAAGAUCUGAUCCUGAAUCAGUGAUUAUGUCUAACUUCUACCUCUACCUCCUUUCUCUCCCCCAGCAGCAGCAGCAGCCGCAGCAGCAGUCGACCCAGGGGGCGUCACACAAACGCCACCGCUUCAAACGCAGUAUGAGGGUCCGUGUCUCCACCGAGAGCUCCAUGACUCUGUCUGGUGGUGGUGGUGGUGGGGGGGCUGGCUCGUUCCCUUCCUCGGUCCCAGAGGACCCCCAGGACCAGGAGAGGCUCCAGCCCACCCCCCUCCAGCCCAGUCCCAACCCACACAGGAAGGUCCAUCCUGGGGCUGGUGUCCUGAGGAGGACCCCUGCACUGUCCCCGACGUCGGCCGAGGAUGAGGAUCUCGUGCCAAUAAAUGUACCGCCACCGGUAAAGGUAACUUUAUGAGAUAUGUCUCUCUUUCUUUCAAUAUUCCUCUGUCUUCCGUUAUCUAUUUUCUUUCGUCUCUCUCUCUCUCUUUUUCUCCUGCAUUGACACAAACUUACAUUCACACACUCAUCACGCUGACAAAUUGAUGCAUCGUAUAAAGAUAUGACCAUGACGCCAUCUCCCCAGGCUCCAACAGAACCUCCGGUGGUGGAGGUAGAGGAGGACCCUCCUGCUCCAGAGGAGCCCAGCAUCGAGGAGGCGUGCCAGGCCUUGGAGGGCCGCCCGGCCCCCUCUCUGGCCGAACUGGACAGCAGCAGCUCCUUCAGCAGCCUGGAGGAAGAGGAACCUGAACCAGAGGACCAGUUCUUUAAACAACUAAACCCCAACCCCCAGUGCCGCCCGCCCAUGGUGCGCUCACGGGGGGGCCACGGAGGCCUGCACAGGAUGAGUGCAGCGUUUGUGUGUUUCUUCGCUCCAGAGAAGAGGCUCGCCAGGCUGGUGGAGGAGCUGUCCAGGGACCGGAGGUCGGCAGAGCCAUUUAUAAACAUAUAGAGACUUUGGCCAACUUUUACAUUGUCUGGUCGCCAUGUUAGCACCUUUGAGCAUUCAAUUUGUUUAUUCAUGAUGAGUAUUUGGAAUCUUGUUCGAAUUCUAGACAUUCAUUUACAUCGCAUUGUUAAAAAUUCAGAGAAUUCAGUGCUAUUGGUCGAUAGAACUGCUGUGGAAUUGUGUAGCAUCGUGUAAAUGCAUCAUAACGUUUUUGGUAUAAACUAUCUCUCUCUCUCUGUCUCUGGAGGUCUGUGUUUGGUUCCCUGGUCCAGGAGUUCAUCCAGAGACAGAAAGAGGAGCUGAGAGAGGUCCUGGCCCAGGCUGCCUCCUCAUCAUCGUCUUUCUCAUCGACUACAUCCGUGGGGGUGCUCCAGGGGCUGCGGCGCUUCCUCUCCCAGGCCAAUUGUUUCCUGCUGGACAGCGGAGAGCUGUCACCCCCCCUAGAGACCCUGGUGCCUGACAAUGAGAAAGGUACCUUUUCGACUUUAGUUGUCUAAGUACCAACCACUACUUUGGUAAUCAUGAGAUUGAGAGAGGUACAGAGGGGUCACAUAACAGAUGACAAAAACACAAAUGUUAUUAGAUGUAAGCAGCAUGUCAAUUAGAUACUAUCCAUUGGAUUUACAGGAUAUAUAAUAAUGCACAGUAAACCCACCAUUACACAGAGGAGACAGUGGCAGAGAGAUAAUUCUGUCUAUGGAAACAACAGACCGCCAUGCUUUAGUAAGAUGUGGAGUAGACUGUCCAGAGGAUUUUAGUGAAAAGGUGUUAUCACCACCAUGCUAGUGCGUAGGGGUAGCUCUUCAUCCAGUGGAGUUCAUAUUGUCACUAGGAUGUAAAAAGCUUUGCUAGCCAAGACAGAGAACCCUAUCUAUCACAUUGAGCCAGCCAAAGAGCUCUGUAUGUUGCUGGAUAGGAGAUAUAGGGCAUACGUUCAUUGAGAUUUCAGGGGGGAGACUAUGGUUGGUGUGUGUGUGUGUGAUGAUACACUGUUGCCUGGUUGAGCAGUGAGUGUUGAGGCUUUUGGAGAGAGUGGAGCGGACUCCGCUGAAUUCAGUUCACCAUUGCUUCGAUUUGCGCACACACACACAUUGCGUCGGUGGAGGCAUUUGCAUUUUUUUCUCACUCAUCAUUUAUCAUAAAAAGAUAUCACAGUCCCACGCGCACUUGAAGAGCAGCACGAUUCUCAGUGGCUCAGGAGGGAGGGAGAUAGAGGCAGAGAGGGGGAGAGGAACAGAAAGGUAGAGAGAGAGAAAGGGAGGAAGAGAAAGAGGGAAGAUGGGGGCUGGGUAUUGAUGUACAGUGGGGAGAACAAGUAUUUGAUACACUGCCGAUUUUGCAGGUUUUCCCACUUACAAAGCAUGUAGAGGUCUGUAAUUUUUAUCAUAGGUACACUUCAACUGUGAGAGACGGAAUCUAAAACAAAAAUCCAGAAAAUCACAUUGUAUGAUUUUUAAGUAAUUAAUUUGCAUUUUAUUGCAUGACAUAAGUAUUUGAUCACCUACCAACCAGUAAGAAUUCCGUCUCUCACAGACCUGUUAGUUUUUCUUUAAGAAGCCCUCCUGUUUUCCACUCAUUACCUGUAUUAACUGCACCUGUUUGAACUUGUUACCUGUAUAAAAGACACCUGUCCACACACAAUCAAACAGACUCCAACCUCUCCACAAUGGCCAAGACCAGAGAGCUGUGUAAGGACAUCAGGGAUAAAAUUGUAGACCUGCACAAGGCUGGGAUGGGCUACAGGACAAUAGGCAAGCAGCUUGGUGAGAAGGCAACAACUGUUGGCGCAAUUAUUAGAAAAUGGAAGAAGUUCAAGAUGACGGUCAAUCACCCUCGGUCUGGGGCUCCAUGCACCUCACCUCGUGGGGCAUCAAUGAUCAUGAGGAAGGUGAGAGAUCAGCCCAGAACUACACGGCAGGACCUGGUCAAUGACCUAAAGAGAGCUGGGACCACAGUCUCAAAGAAAACCAUUAGUAACACACUACGCCGCCAUGGAUUAAAAUCCUGCAGCGCACGCAAGGUCCCCCUGCUCAAGCCAGCGCAUGUCCAGGCCUGUCUGAAGCUUGCCAAUGACCAUCUGGAUGAUCCAGAGGAGGGAUGGGAGAAGGUCAUGUGGUCUGAUGAGACAAAAAUAGAGCUUUUUGGUCUAAACUCCACUCGCCGUGUUUGGAGGAAGAAGAAGGAUGAGUACAACCCCAAGAACACCAUCCCAACCGUGGAGCAUGGAGGUGGAAACAUCAUUCCUUGGGGAUGCUUUUCUGCAAAGGGGACAGGACGACUGCACCGUAUUGAGGGGAGGAUGGAUGGGGCCAUGUAUCGCGAGAUCUUGGCCAACAACCUCCUUCCCUCAGUAACAGCAUUGAAGAUGGGUCGUGGCUGGGUCUUCCAGGAUGACAACGACCCGAAACACACAGCCAGGGCAACUAAGGAGUGGCUCCGUAAGAAGCAUCUAAAGGUCCUGGAGUUGCCUAGCCAGUCUCCAGACCUGAACCCAAUAGAACAUCUUUGGAGGGAGCUGAAAGUCCAUAUUGCCCAGCGACAGCCCCGAAACCUGAAGGAUCUGGAGAAGGUCUGUAUGGAGGAGUGGGCCAAAAUCCCUGCUGCAGUGUGUGCAAACCUGGUCAAGACCUACAGGAAACGUAUGAUCUCUGUAAUUGCAAAGGUUUCUGUACCAAAUACAGUGGGGAAAAAAAGUAUUUAGUCAGCCACCAAUUGUGCAAGUUCUCCCACUUAAAAAGAUGAGAGAGGCCUGUAAUUUUCAUCAUAGGUACACGUCAACUAUGACAGACAAAAUGAGAAAAGAAAAUCCAGAAAAUCACAUUGUAAGAUUUUUUAUGAAUUUAUUUGCAAAUUAUGGUGGAAAAUAAGUAUUUGGUCACCUACAAACAAGCAAGAUUUCUGGCUCUCACAGACCUGUAACUUCUUCUUUAAGAGGCUCCUCUGUCCUCCACUCGUUACCUGUAUUAAUGGCACCUGUUUGAACUUGUUAUCAGUAUAAAGACACCUGUCCACAACCUCAAACAGUCACACUCCAAACUCCACUAUGGCCAAGACCAAAGAGCUGUCAAAGGACACCAGAAACAAAAUUGUAGUCCUGCACCAGGCUGGGAAGACUGAAUCUGCAAUAGGUAAGCAGCUUGGUUUGAAGAAAUCAACUGUGGGAGCAAUUAUUAGGAAAUGGAAGACAUACAAGACCACUGAUAAUCUCCCUUGAUCUGGGGCUCCACGCAAGAUCUCACCCCGUGGGGUCAAAAUGAUCACAAGAACGGUGAGCAAAAAUCUCAGAACCACACGGGGGGACCUAGUGAAUGACCUGCAGAGAGCUGGGACCAAAGUAACAAAGCCUACCAUCAGUAACACACUAGGGACUCAAAUCCUGCAGUGCCAGACGUGUCCCCCUGCUUAAGCCAGUACAUGUCCAGGCCCGUCUGAAGUUUGCUAGAGUGCAUUUGGUUGAUCCAGAAGAGGAUUGGGAGAAUGUCAUAUGGUCAGAUGAAACCAAAAUAGAACUUUUUGGUAAAAACUCAACUCGUCGUGUUUGGAGGACAAAGAAUGCUGAGUUGCAUCCAAAGAACACCAUACCUACUGUGAAGCAUGGGGGUGGAAACAUCAUGCUUUGGGGCUGUUUUUCUGCAAAGGGACCAGGACGACUGAUCCGUGUAAAGGAAAGAAUGAAUGGGGCAAUGUAUCGUGAGAUUUUGAGUGAAAACCUCCUUCCAUCAGCAAGGGCAUUGAAGAUGAAAUGUGGCUGGGUCUUUCAGCAUGACAAUGAUCCCAAACACACUGCCCGGGCAACGAAGGAGUGGCUUCGUAAGAAGCAUUUCAAGGUCCUGGAGUGGCCUAGCCAGUCUCCAGAUCUCAACCCCAUAGAAAAUCUUUGGAGGGAGUUGAAAGUCCGUGUUGCCCAGCGACAGCCCCAAAACAUCACUGCUCUAGAGGAGAUCUGCAUGGAGGAAUGGGCCAAAAUACCAGCAACAGUGUGUGAAAACCUUGUGAAGACUUACAGAAAACAUUUGACCUGUGUCAUUGCCAACAAAGGGUAUAUAACAAAGUAUUGAGAAACUUUUGUUAUUGACCAAAUACUUAUUUUCCACCAUAAUUUGCAAAUAAAUUCAUUAAAAAUCCAACAAUGUGAUUUUCUGGAUUUUUUUUUCUCAUUUUGUCUGUCAUAGUUGACGUGUACCUAUGAUGAAAAUUACAGGCCUCUCUCAUCUUUUUAAGUGGGAGAACAUGCACAAUUGGUGGCUGACUAAAUACUUUUUUCCCCCACUGUAUUAAGUUCUGCUUUUCUGAUGUAUCAAAUAUUUAUGUCAUGCAAUGAAAUGCAAAUUAAUUACUUAAAAAUCAUACAAUGUGAUUUUCUGGAUUUUUGUUUUAGAUUCCGUCUCUCACAGUUGAAGUGUACCUAUGAUAAAAAUGACAGACCUCUACAUGCUUUGUAAGUAGGAAAACCUGCAAAAUCGACAAUGUCAGCCCAGUCAGUCAGGCCUGUAUACCGCCACAUCCCCCAGUUCCUCAGUAAUUAAGAAUAUUUUCCUAAGUAAAGAAGUGGUUGGUGUGUGUUGUGUGUAGGGGUAUGUUUAUAUAUAACUGGUACUUUGAGAUGUUUGAGAUAAGAGUUUGUGCUCAGUGUGUGUGUGCAUGUGCACUUGCGUGCGCGUUUGUUGGUGCAUGUUCAUGCGUACGUCUGUGUGUGCGUGCAUACCGACGUAUGGGUGUGUGUUCCCCCAUGCAGACUUAGCCCUGGAGAAGGCCAUGUUUGGCUGUGUGCUGAAGCCUCUGAAGGUGCUGCUUGGCCAGGCCCUCCUCUCCCUCCACAGACAGGACGGCUCCACCCAGCGCCUGGCCUGCAGUCUCCUGGACUGCCAAGAGGGGGCAAUGGAGCGCCUUGGGGUGCUUGUGGGCGUGCCUGACACCCGUGGCGUGGAGAGGGUGAGGCAGAAGCUGGCGCUCAUGCAGCGCACCCACUCGCCCAUAGACAAGAUGCUGCUGCUUCUGCAGAUGUGCAAGGCGGUCCAGAAAGCCAUGGGGGCCCUCCACGAAGGUGGUGAGUGGGCCUUCACUUUGCUUGAUUUAAUUUAAUAUAAAGUAGCCAAAAUGAGUCAUUAUCUAUUAUAAAUAUAAACAUUUUAAUAACACAAUUUAUUUGCCUGUUAUAAACUAGGAGCUGUUAUCCAAUGUAAUAAUCAAUUAACUGUUAAAUCUGUCUUGCCAUCCUCUUCCUGCUACCAGGACAGGAAGUGAGCUCGGCGGACUUCCUGCCGGCGCUGUCUUAUGUGAUAGUGAUGUGUAACACACCUCAGAUCCUACUGGAGGUGGAGUACAUGAUGGAGCUGCUGGAGCCCUCCUGGCUCACUGGGGAGGGUACGCACUACACCCCUACUACACCUAUACCCCGUCCAACUUUAACACACCUAUACCUCUAACUACACCCCUAGGGGAGAUGGUCAGACUACACACUUACUACAACCCUUAAUACAGUACACCCCACAAUACACACCUGGUUACACUUUAUUGUAACACUUCAUUAUAAACCAUUCAUAAGGCAUUUACAAAAACAUUGCACACCAUUUAGUGUUAAGGUUAGGUAAGGGUUAAGGUUAAAUAGCGCUCACUUUAGAUUAGGGACUGCAAAAAUACUUUACUUUGAUUAGUAAAUGGUUUAUAAAUGUGGGAGUAAUGAUUAAUAAAUGGUUUAUUACGGACCAUUAAAAUAAAGUGUUACCACACACCUUACUUCUACCCCAAAGGAGAGGGUACCACUAUGAACUACACCCACUAUGAACUACACCCACUAUGAACUACACCCACUAUGAACUACUACACCCACUAUAACCCUUUCCCUCAUACACCCCUCCACCUUUAAAAGAACAUGGGGGAUAAUGAAGAUAUCUGUGGGUGAAUGGAUAUUUAGAUGCCAUUCAAAGUCACUGUAUUGACAUUUUGCUGUGCUCUGUGCCCCGAUCCCGUCUCCUAGGUGGGUACUACCUGACCAGCGUCUAUGCCAGCCUGUGUUUGAUCCAGAGCCCGGAGGCGGAGGGGGACCAAGUCCCCCCAGGAGGUCUGACUCGUGAGGCACAGGAUGGGCUGAGGGAGUGGGGCCGCAGACGCAGCCUGGAAGCCAAGAGCCACCAGGAGAGACAACAGAACCAGGUAAGACACUACUUCAAUCAAUCAAUCAAUGUUAUUUUAUAAAGCUCUUUUCACAACAGCAGUUGUCACAAAGCUAUUUACAGUUCUAUUUCAAAUACUUGUUUCGAUAUCUCACAAUGGGAUUGUCUCAGUGGAUCACGUCUGUUGGAGACACCACCCACUGGUUAUUCUCGCCUCUCUUCCUUACGGAAGCGAUCACUAACCUCAGCACGACUAGAUCCCUGUCUUACUACUGAACUGUUCUCAGGCAAACCGUGAGGUUAACACUGCCGAAUGUAGGACGAUCAGCUCCUGUCGAUAGUGUUGGGUACUGACCGUAAGGAAAGUUUUGCUUCGAGUAGAAUACAUUUUCUACUCAUCAGUCUCCGGUGGUAGCUAACGUCACACAGCUAGCUACGCCGCAAGACUUUAGCUAACUUGGCUAGCUAGCUGGAAAGCUAGCUAACCACACUAACAAAGGGCUAGCUCACGCCACAAGGCUUAAGCUAACCUGGUUACAGUGUUACCAAUUUAGCGACUUUGUCGCUAUAUUCAGCGAGUUUUCAGACCCCUCUAGCGACACAUUUUCAAAAAAGCGACUAGUGACUUUUUCUGGUGUUAUUGGAGACUUUUGGAGACUCUGACGUGAAAGCACGUAUCGUUCUUACUCUUCUCAACGAGCAGCGGGUGCUGCCGUAAGCCCCACCCGGGCCCCACCCCCGUCCCAAAGCACUCACAGGCGGCCCAGUCCUCGCGCAGCAGUCCCUCCCAGCUGCAGUCAGAGCAGGGGAUGUUCACCCCUCCGCGUCCAGACUGGAAAUUAAUCACGCAUGUGGGAAGCCGCCGCUGGCUGAUCCCGCCCUGGCUUACAUUCAGGGCGGGAUGUAAAUGUAGGGUGUUUUUUACUCACUUUUUGUCUCUCCCACGACGUUAUUCCUCUCUCCUACAGCGUCCAUCACAAUUACAUGCAUCUGGCCAAUUAUGCAAAUUAGGUGAUGAUGUCAUUUAGCGACUUCUAGCGACUUUUAAGACAGCCAAUAGCUACUUUUCUUACUGAGGAGUUGGCAACACUGCCUGGUUAUCUCGCUGGAAAGCAAGCUAACCACACCAGUAUUACUACCUACAACACGGUAAUAUUGCUAGCUCCCUUCUCUAGUCUAGUUUAACCUUGGUUUACUUGUUUAUGUUAACUAGACCGACUGGUUAGCCUCACGGCUCUAACUGCCCUCCACGUGGUUCCCUCCGGGUAGCACUGUGCUAGCUAUAGCAUGCCUUAGCCACGAGGUAGCUGCUAGCUAGCAUUAUUGCCUCUAGGCUUGGGUGGUAUACCGUAUAUACUGUAUACCGGGGUAUUUGGAAAAAGCCACGAGAUAGUUUUUCAAUACCGUCAAAACUAUUUCUUUAAAGUUUUUUAAUAAAUGUGAAUAUUUGUAGCUACUUUUAAGUUAAUACCUGCAGUCAACUUGUGCAAUAACGUUAGGAGAUAAAGCAGAUUGCGAUCUUUAUUUCAUCUGUCACAUUAUUAUACAUUAUGAAGCUUACCGUAGUUCCCCAGAAAGGUUGAGCCAGCCACUUGUUUGUUUGUAAACAGCACAACAGGAGAAAGAGGGAGCCGGUGAGCCCAUAGUGUUCUAUAUCUAGAGUGUUCUAUAGAAUUCACUACUAAAUGUUUGCCAUCAGAUAUCUUAUAAUGGCUUUCUGACAGAAGUCAAAGAGCUCUAGAUUAGAUAUCUGUACAGCUGCCAUUUUUUCCCUGUGCUUCCUACUAGCGUUUUUUUUUCUCUUCCAUUCUUCUCCCCUCUGCUCCGUGUACACAUCCUGCUCUUCCUUCAGAAAAGCAUGCAUCACAACUUUGUUCCUUUGCACAAUUUCUCUUGUUCACUUUCACUUUUAUGUGUCCACACUCACUGAAAAUCACAUUCGUUAGCUAUGCUUGCAUAACUUUAUGAGCUGGAUUUAGUUGUCUUUGCAAUUCAUUUAUGUUCGUUAUCGCUUGUUAGAGUUGAGUGAUUUCGCUAUUAGUUUGUGCAAAUUUUGUUAGCAUUCUGGUAAUAGAGACCCAAUGGGCUUUUCUUGUGUUUUUAGCGCCCCCUUGUGUGAUAUGCCGGUAACACCUUAAAUUCCGGGAUGAGAGAAAGACUGUAUGAAGAUAUGAGAAUCUGGAUACUGCCCAAGUCUACUAGCUUCGCGGCUGUAAGCGUUUUCACUGUGCACACCAUACCCAGCAUUAUCCACGAGGCUUCUACUAGCUAGCUUAUGCCUAUCAAAAGCCCAGGGCUUACAUGUUGUUUUUACAACAGGUGUCUCUGCAUCAGCUAUCCCUGUUCUAUACAAUGGCUACUGCUGCCCCAUCCCAAGGCUAGCUGAGCCAAACACUCAAACCCCCACUUUCUUGCGCUUGCGGCUCCAUGAUUGCAGAAAAGGAUUUUCACCUUCUAUUUAUCAAUUGCCUGGGAAGGGAACAUGCUCAGGAAGCACUCGACAACCCCGAGUCCUGUAAUCAUUGUAAAUUGCUGACUAGAGCGGGUAUCAGGUGGAGGCUAAAAUGCUACGUUAUCACUACCCCCUCCCUCACCUCGCAGCCACCGACCGAGGUUGAGGCUCAGCCCCCCGUAACCGAGCCAAGCUGAGGCGAGCCCCUCACUGUCUGACGAUAUGGUGUCGGGAAGGCAAGCUAGGGGAUGACGUCAGGAUUAAUCUCUUGGGUCUCCUCGACUUUGAGACUGAGAUUGAGGGUGACGACACCACUGUUUCCCACUCUCAAGUCCGUAGGUCUCCCUGGCCCCAGGACGGAAGAGCCGCAAAUCUCCCUCACAUGGAGUUUGGGCUCCUUUAGCAUUUGCAAGUGAGCCAUGGCCAGACUUGGCAUCGAGUGGCCAACUCCCUUGGGGGGCCAUGACCCCGGAAGGGAUCUGUACGAACCAUCCCGCAUGGCCCCGUUAAACAACUGCUUCCUGCGGUCCCAGCUUGCCUCAGGGAGGCUAGGAGCUUAUGGGACAAGCCCCUUACCAGCAAGAUCCUGACUAGGAGCUCCCCUAGCCUGGACAUGCACAAUAUGGAGGAAUCUGGAUUUUGCAACACUCCCAUGGUGGAGCCGUCACUGGCUGAUUACCUCCACCCCACACGUCGUGCUACUAGCACUAUACUGGUACUUCCCUCCUUGGAAAGACGGAGCACUUUUCCGCCUGUAUUUUCCCUAAGAUGUACAAAACCUCAGCCCUAUCAAUCAGAGCACUCAACGUGACCUCUUUAUUGAUGGCCUACCAUGCAGAGUUACUGGAGGAGGUGGGGAAGCAACUGGAUUUGGAUCCUUGAGAUGAGAUGUGUAUGAUUACAGAUCUAAACCUACGCGCCUCCCGUAUUGCCAUCCAAGGCUGUGGUCGUAUCAUGAGCCUGGUGGUGGUGGGAGAAAGGGCACUUUGGUUAAACUUGUCCAGCUUAACAGACAAAGAGAAAGUGAACCUCCUGUGACACCAAUACGUUUUUCGGGCCCUCUGUCGCAACCAGCCUUCAACUUCUGCCUGCCCCACAAACCCAGGCCCAGUGGCAGCCCAUUGGUCACUGCAACCCGCCCCAGCCUCACAGUGGGGAAGGGGCAAUGCGCUGGCCUUAGGGGACCAAAACCCCCUGCGACACAGCAGACUGCCAAUACCCAGGUUAAGCCCUUGAACCAGACCAAACCUGAAGGUAAACAGUCCUUUGCUGCGGCCACAACAAGGUUCCGCCUCUUUUUGGGGAAUAUUGGCAACUCAGCCCAAUUGAUAGAAAACCUUACUAUCGAGCUAGAGGACAGUCAGUACAGUAUUUCCUUACUUCUACUUUCAGGUCCGAGGAAAAAUAAAAGAAGGGGGGCGUCGGAGCUCCAGACAGCUAUCAGGUAUGCCCAAGUCCACUACGCUGCAGAGUUUUUUCCUCCUUUUUAUACCCCGUUUUUGGUUCGCACAGUCAGGAAUUUGUCUGCUCUACUUCCCCUUUUCAGAAGAGAGCAGCUGGGGAUACUUUCGCUCAUGAUAACCCUCCCCUCCGGGGUAGUGCCAAGACAGACCAGACACAUAGCUGCUCUACUGCUUAGGGUUAGGACAUCUGAGUAACCAGCAUGUUUCCUUCUUCUUUUUAACUCCACCGUUUGGCGGUUUACGUCAUUCCACCAGAUGCUCUUUCGCGCAAAGCCCCGCUCUGUGACACGGUAUAGCAUAUGCUGGAAAACACUAUGCUCAUAUGCCUCAGACACAUUGCGAGGUAUCCCAGUUAACUGCGAGAUACCUCGCAAUGCGCAACCGCAGCAUUGUCACGCCCUGGGGUGCGCAUUCCGCGCGUGCUGACCAGCCUGCUUUCCGCAUCUAUCCAGACUCCAUCCCUGCAUGGUGAUAAACGCACCACUAGGGGUGGAAGCACUGGCACACCCUGUCAAGGGUGAUGCCCUACGCUCUUUUCUCCCCUAUGCCUGGCACCCUCCACUCUGAUAAGUAGAGUGAGAUAACAGGCUUAUCCCUCAUCUUCGAGCCCCUCGAUGACCAGGGACGCCCUGGUUAGCAGAGAUCACUCUCCUGCUUCACAACCAGUCCUGGUAGCCACCAUUACACAGGGAUCUUCUGACCCAAGCGUACAGUAAGAUUUGCCAUGAAUCUGAAUGCGACAGGCCUGCCACUCAAGAUUAUUGACGAUCCAGAGUGCCAGUGCCCCUUCUACAUGCUCACUGUUUGGAAAAACAGGCGGUUGCGUUUUUGAGAAGUGCUGUGACCUACACAGAUAUUUCCUUUAAAGCUCUGUAUCCAAGGUUUCUAUUCUUCAUUGCAGGACCUUUUUGGACAGCGUGAAGAUCUCCAAAGGUCUGUUUAGCCUCUAUCUCAGCCUGUCAUACAGACCUUGACAGUUACACAUAGGGGAACACCCUCUGUUAUGUCGUUGAUGAAGGGUGCGCGUCGCUUACAUUCGGUCUCCAAGCCUUUAGCCCCAUCUUGGGACCUGUCUAUUGUGCAUGAGGCUUCCUCACGGCAGCCUCUUGAGCCGCGGGAAAGCGUUGAGAUGUAAUAAACCUCUUCUAAACACUUUACCAUCUGCCCUUAUGUCUGCAAAACGAGUAAGUGGGCUGCAUGCUGUGUCAGUCCACCAUUCGUGCCUACAGUUUGCCCCAGGGUUCUCCUCCCCAAACCCGCCUUUAUGCGUAAGGUCAGCGGCAGCUGUGGUUGUCUUGCCUUAGAGCUUGUGGUUUCCACCUGCUGCUCUUCCCGUAUACGGAAGAAGAGCGUCUCCACUGUUUGUGUCCAGUAUGUGCGUUGCGCAUUUGCUUGGAUAAAGCGAGAGUGUUGUGUAAGAGCUACCACACCUCUUUGUUUCUUGGGAGCCUCCCUGCAAGGAGGGGGCCCCUAUCUCGUUAACAGCUAUCCCUAUUGUAUUGGAAAAUGAGGCAUUUCUUUACAGGAAAUUUGCGUAACGCAUGCUGGGCCACCCCUCAUAUGUUUAGGAGGUUUUUACCGGCUGGAUGUCACUGUGCCUUUGUUGGUGCAUACUUCCUCAGUGUCGGAUCCUCUGAAGGGUGAUGCUGUUGGGACUACCCUGGCUUCGGAUACUGGAGUUGGCCAUAUGUAUCCCAUUGUGAGACAUCGAAACAAGUAUUUGAAAUAGGACCUACUUGUGUAACCCCGGUUCUAUGAUAAUAUGAUUGAGGUGUCUCACCGCAUUUCCCUGCUCGCAAGAGUGCAAGAAAGAGCGGCAUGCUUGAGAAUGGACCAGUGGCCGGGCGAGUGGCGCCUUAUGAGGAGAGGGGCUCACCUCAUUCGUCAUUCGACCUGUCUGUCUCCAAUCAGACGUGAUCCGCUGAGCGAAUCCCAUUGUGAGACAUCACUGAUAUUAUCAUAGAACCGGGGUUACGCAAGUAACCCUAAGAUACACAGCAUAAAACCCCAAAGAGCAAGCAAUGCAGAAGCACAGUAGCUAGGAAAAACACCCUAGGAGGCAGGAAGAAACCCAGGAGGAACCAGGCUUUGAGGGGUGGCCAGUCCUCUACUUAACACCAGACCUGGGUUCAAAUAGAAUUCAUUUUCCUUCAAAUACUUUAGCUGUGCUGGAUUGUGAUGCCUGGUGCAAUGGAACCAAUGGAAUAGUCUCAAAAGAACAAACCCCGCCCAUCUAGCACUCCAGACAGGCGCACCCUCCUCGUGCUUGUUAUUCCCCAAAUCCUGACCACCAGUAAACAUAGUAUGGUGGAUAGCUUGUUAAUGACGUGUGGUAUACUCACUCCCUUCAAUUAGCAGCUAGUUCUAACACACUCACACACACCAUUCUCCUAGUAUUUGAUGCGUCCGCAAAUGAUGACAACCAUUCAUCAGAUGAAAUGGUACAAAUACUGUGGUUAGCUAUUCAGUCACGUGGGCUGCUCACUCUAUUCAAAUAGCUAUAACACAAACACACGCCAACAGAUUUGCAGUUCUGCCACUGAGGGAGAUCAGUGAGCUAGCUAAGUGCUAUGAAGAAGUGGGCGGUCAGAUAACAUGAAAUUUACUGAGCAGCAGAAACCCACUGAAGAUAGCAAACACAAUAUGCACACGGACAGCGAGGAGCUCAGUGACUCUGUAAGUUGCUGCUUUUUAAUGUUGUUUAAUGAUGUGGUUAUAAUAGAGGUUCAUGGGAAAUGUGUUGCUGGGGGAUGUAUCAGGUGUGCGUGUGUGCGUUAAAUGGAGCUGGUACUGUAGGUGGUUCUCCAAUUAUGUAAUACAUUUGAACAGUACAGAACAUUCAGACAGUGUUAUGUGUAUUAUGGUAUGCUGUAUUUCCAUUUAGUGGAGAUGUAUAUUGUUGUACUUUCAUGUAUACUAGUUAUGUGUAAAUGUAUGGAUUAUUUUUGUCAAGAUGAAGGGACAGUAUGAUUUAAUGGAGCUGGUUAUAUGUAUGUUUACAGUGUGUGUGUUUAAAGUAUUUGUGUUUAAAGUGGGUGUGUUUAACGUAAAGAUAUAAAAGUAGAGAAUUUGUUAAAAUAUAAAGACUAUACAUGUCUAUGAAUACUGUUGAAUAAACAGUGAAGACUCUAUGCAAUGUAGGCUAUUUUGAGAGUUGGUUGGUAUUGAUUUAUAUUGAGGAAUGAGGAUUUAUGGUAUAUAGCCUACAGUAUGUAAAGCUGUGUUAACAAACAGUGUUGAGUUAGUUUGGUUCAAAUGAAUGGAAGACAAUCUGUUAUUUUGAACCUCUGAUCUUUGUGUGCUUUCUGAGGGCUGUGUUAUAAAGGCUGUUUAUGUGAGUUAAUAAGAUGAUACAUUUUAUAACUCAUUUUGUGUGUGUGCGUAUUUGUGUGUGUGGGGGGGGGGUGCUUGUACGUAUGUGUGUGUCUGCUUCUACGUGUGUGUGUGUGUUUCUGCCUGUGUGUGUGCAGAGGUGCGUUCGGAUACUGUUCCAGGACGGCGAGCGCAGUGCUGUGCGGACGCUGCAGUGGAGAGCCGGCGAGAGCAGUGAGGCCCUGGCCCAGCUCUGUGCCUCCACCUUCGGCGUUUCCGAGCCCCAGGACUACAACCCUCUACUGGAGGUCCGGGGGGGAAAUGAGGGCCCUUCCCCCCCAGGCACAGCCUAAGGACCUGGCCAGCCACAGCGAAGGAGGCCCCUCUCUCUCCUACCUCCGCACGGACCACGACUUCAGCAAGAUGCGGCGGCUGACCAGAGGGGGAGCUGUGGACCUGGGGGAGUCCGUGUGUGAGGAGUGA